AUGAAUGUCCUAUUUGUUGCGAUCAUAUUCCCAUCUACUCAUUUCGUUUCAUUGGAACAGGUUAAGAAAAAAUGGGAAAACUUAGUUUCGAAAACAAAGCAAAAAUUACGUUCCGGUCGUGUGACCGCCGAUACCGAUUGGAGUGAUACAAACACGGCCGUGUUGGAAUUUUUAGCUCACCACAAUCCGUUCCUACGUAUGCGUUACGCCACAGCAGCCGCCUCGAUCUUGUCAUCCGCCGGCACAGCCGGUAGCGGUGGAAGAACAAGCGGUAAACGAUCCAGUGGGACAGCCACUAUCACUACCGAUUUUGCCGGAUUGACUCGUAUGUACGAUUCACAAAUGCAAUCCCUCGGUUUACCCGGUCUCAGUGGAUCCCUUGGUAUUGAUCCCCAUAACAACGAGCAGCAACAACAGCAGCAGCAUCACCAACAGCAGCAGCAACAACAACACUUACUUACUCUGAUCAAAGAAGAAGUGAAGAGUGUUUCCUCGACCGAAAUGAAUCCGGAAGAUGAGUCAGGCGAUGCACUGUCCGCAUCCGGAAUCAAAUCCACCGCCGGUAAUCGCGAGUCAAACAAUUUAGACAAUCGGUAA